UUUAAAUUUAUGCUGUUCUUUGUCUAGAGACACCAGUUGCUGCGGAAACCCAACCAUGCAUCGUGGAGAGCUGUUUUUGCUGCUCUGUGUUUUCGCUGUUGGAAGUGCCUCAAAAACUUGCAUCCAACGCCAUAAAAUUCACACACUAGAAGGAGAGCCUUUUUAUCUGAAGCACUGUGUCAAGAACGAAACAGCCGCCAUAAGAUGGUUCCGAGUCGAUGCUUCCCAUGGAUAUGUAGAGCUGAACACUGAAAGUUCACCCAGAAUUACUUUGCAAAGUCACUGUUUGGAGUUCUGGCCAGUGAAGUUGGAAGACAAUGGAACAUACUCUUCCCAAGUGGGAAGUGAUCAUAAAACUUGGACCCUAACUGUCAUUAAAAGAAAUGAACACAGCUGCUUUUCUGAAAAACUUGUGAUAAACAGAAAUGUGGAAGUCAAGAAAUCUUUGCCUAUAAAAUGUGAAAAUUCUAACUACGAGGAACUGAUCAACCACACUUCAUUGUAUAAGGUUGUAAGAGUUCCUUUCAAAGAUGCUGUGGAGAAGCUCUUCAUACGCCUGUCUCAUAUUUAUCAUGUAGAAAAAGCUCAAGGUAAUUCCAAUGUCUGUUUUGGUUUUGUUUUACUUUCAGGGAACAGCAAAAUCACUCCAGCUAUUUUGGGACGGAAGUUCGACACUGUUGAAGUAGAUCUAGGCGAAGAGGUGGAACUUAACUGCACCGCUUUACUGAAUAAAAACGACCUGUUUUAUUGGAGCAUCAGGAAAGAAGACAGGUCGAACCCUAAUGUGCAAGAAGACACGAACAUGACCACCUGGACUUCUGAGGGCAAACUGCAUGCCUUUAAAAAACUGAGAUUUCGGAAUGUUGCUGAAACGAAUCUCAACGUUUUAUACAAUUGCACGGUGACCAAUGAGGAAGCCACAGACACCAAAAGCUUCAUGUUGGUGAGAAAAGAAAUGGCUGAUAUCCCGGGCCAUGUCUUUAUGAGAGGAAUCAUCAUGGCCGUGUUCAUCUCUGUGGCAGUAGUGUGUGUGGUGAUUUUGUGUGUCAUUUAUAAAGUCGACUUGGUUCUGUUCUAUAGACGCUUGGCAGAAAGAGAUGAGACAUUAACAGAUGGCAAAACAUACGACGCCUUUGUUUCAUAUCUGAAAGAGUGUCGGCCUGAAAAUGGGGAAGAACACACUUUCGCUGUGGAGACGCUACCCGGGGUCCUGGAGAAACAAUUUGGCUAUAAGCUGUGCAUAUUUGAAAGAGAUGUGGUACCCGGUGGAGCUGUCCUUGAUGAGAUCCAGUCACUGAUAGAGAAGAGCCGGAGGCUAAUCAUCGUCCUCAGCAAAAGUUACCUGACCAAUGAAACCAGGCUUGAACUGGAGAGCGGACUCCACGAAGCACUGGUGGAGAGGAAGAUUAAGAUCAUCUUAAUCGAGUUUACUCCGGCCGGCAGCUUCGCGUUUCUGCCCCCGUCCCUGAAGCUCCUGAAGCCCUGCAGGGUUCUGAAAUGGCAGGCUGACAAAUCGCUUCCUUACAAUUCGAGGUUCUGGAAGAAUCUUCUUUACCUGAUGCCCGCCAAGGCCAUCAAGCCGUGGAGAGACGAAUCCGAAGCUUUGCCCGUUCUUUCAACACCUUGAUCUUCAGCAAGGCUCCACAUCAGAAGGAACAGAAAAACCCUGCUGGAGACUGUGUGUGUGCCUAAUCACAGCAGGGGCUGUCGUUCAAAAUACCGAAUUUUGUGUUCAUCCCCUUCCACUCCCAGUUAGAAGACAAGAUUUGUCAUUGGAUUGUCAUAGAGGAAACAGAGCUGGAACUCCCAGGAGACCUUGAGACUCACAAGAGAUCAGUCUGUUAUUCUUUCUUUCCCUGAGAGCAUGGUUCUCAACCUGUGGGUCCUGAACCCUUUAGCAAGCCUCUAUGUUCAAAUAUGUUUACAUUAUGAUUCGUAACAGUGGCAAAAUGAGAGUUAUAAAGUAGCAUCGAAAAUAACGAUAUGGUUGGAAGUCACCACAAGAUGAGGAACUACAUUAUAGGGUUGCAGCUUUGGGAAGGUUGAGAACCACGGCCCUACAGUUAUCUGUACUCUAACCCCACAUUCAGCAAGUGGGUGACGAGACACACAAACUGAUUGAUGCCCCAGAACAAGUUUUUAUUACCUCUCAGGGGUACUUAGUUCUCCACUAGGCUUAGGAGGUGGAAGGAGUAGGUGGAAGAGCUGUGUGUGGCGCAUGGAAACAAGGUGAGGGAAGACUCCAGGGACUUGGCUUCAGCAUGAGAUUAGUGCUGCAAGUUGGCAUUUCUUGGAAGCUCAGUGAGACAUUAGGCAAGAUGUCUUACCUCUUCUUUAGACCUUCCAUAAGACCUUUGAAAGAGAAUCCUAAACACCUUUGUUUCAUCCAUGUCAGAUAAAAAUUUAAAUUCAGAGAACUCUGUAGGUCUCUCGGGGUUAGUGACCUAAGGCUUUUGUUGACUUUAUAUAGAUAUUUAUAUGUAGGAUCAUAAAAGCUAACCACAAUAAACAAACAAUGGUUGCUUGUUUUUAUUAGCUGUUUCAAAGGGGAGGGAGUUCAAAAGGUGGGCUAUUGGGAGUGUUUGCAAGCUUGCAAUGCCUGAGUGCAGCAAAAAUGUUCCAGAAAAGUCUGAAGCAGAGAUUGUUUAGAAUAGACAUGGUAGAUUUUAAAAGAAAGAAACAAACAAACACGAAUAGGGGUUCUCAAGUAAGUUUUGUAGCUCAAGCCUUCAUGUGCUAAUUGGCUGACAAAAAAUAAAAAGUAAAUUCAACAAAAGCCCUAUGUUUUAUGCGUGAAAAUGUAGAGUCAGAAGUUUUGUUGCUUUGGGAGUUCUGGUAAAUAAAAUGACUUAGUUUAUUUUUUUAUUG